UUCAAAAGAUGCAUAGUCCCUUUUUUUCUUUCUCCGCGUCUCGCGCUCUGGGGAAUAAUUUUAAACGUGUGAUUGGUUUUAUGUGCGGUCUAAUCAGAGACGUGGUCCGUGCGUUGUGUAUUAAUCGUGCCCCACCUCAACUCAAAGCCUCGGCACGCGCUGGAAGAUGGAUCCAUGGAGGCCGGUACGAGCAGUUGCAACGUGGCCGGUAUCGGCGGUCGGUAUACUACCGUCAAUAUGGAAAGUUUCAGCGGCUGUCCCCACCCAGAAAACAGAGUUUGGUGUCGAGCCACCCUGGAAGCCACCCUAGGAUAUAUGGAGGCGCCGGAGGACCAGUGGAAGGUGUCAUCCAGAUGACAGCCUCACAAUUCCCAGCCUUUGUGCUCUCCAUCAGAAACCCAUCAGGGGGAAGCCACUUAUGUUUGCCUUCAGAGAAGACAACAUUGACGCCGGAUUCCAGCACAGCUAUCUCCUGCACUUAUGGUCAAGAUGCUCAGAAAAUGGAGUCCCUGUUCCUUGUGGUUAACCGUGAACAGUAUUCUCACUUUUAUGAAAGCUAAAGGUGAUGUCUUGCAUAAAUUACAAUUUUGCAGCUCAAAUGUAUACACUUUAUUCUAAUUUGAAGCAACUAAUAUAUGCUGUUUAAUACUUUUAUA